AUUACAAUCAUAUCCCUUACCGCUUCAGUUUUACCUAUACCCAUGGCAUCAACCAUUAUUAGAGUGAUUCAAACGCAACCCAGAUUCAUCUCGUAUUGGAACAAUUCUAUUUCUAAUAACCCUUCUUCUAGAAUCUUCCAUCUCCGUCGUAAUCCUCAACAUCCAAUUUCUAUUAUGGCGAGUUCUCAAGACUCAUCUUCAACUAAAACGGAGAGGGUGGUGAUAAAGGGGAGGGUGCAGGGAGUAUUUUACAGGAAUUGGACCGUGGAUAAUGCCAAGGAAUUGGGGCUAAAGGGAUGGGUUCGAAACCGGAGGGAUGGUUCUGUGGAGGCUUUGUUUUCCGGUAGUUUUGAUUCGGUGAAGGAAAUGGAGCAGAGGUGUCGUCGUGGUCCAUCGGAAGCUGUUGUUACUGGGCUUGAGGUUUUCCCUUGUGGUGGUGAUGAGGAUGAUCCUGGUACUGGUUUCCAGCGCAAACCAACUGUUUGAUUUUAUUCUUCAACCAAUGGUCGUAAUUGUGAGUUGUGACCUUUAACUUCCCAUUAAUCUGCAUAAUCUCUACACUGUUAGGUCUGUUUGGAAAUACAUGUUUUUAUUGUAAUGUUGGAUUGAUGUAGUGUAAUUCAAUUUGAUAGGACUCAUGUAGAGUGAGCGUAAAUAAUGUAACAUGUUCUAUCUAUAACUCAGGUAAUAAUCUUAAAAAAUUGAAUAAUUAAAUGUGGUCA